AUGCUAAAUCUCAACCAGGUUCCAUCAACAACUACAGUCAUAGAUGAUUCCAACUCAAGGAGCGAUGUAAUAUGGAAAGUGUUGAUUUUGGAUUCAAAGUCUACUGCAAUUGUAUCUUCCAUAUUGAGAGUCAAUGACCUAUUAAAAUCAGGAAUAACAAUGCAUUAUUCAAUAAACUCAGUGAGAUCUCCCUUGCCUGAUGUUCCUGUGAUUUAUUUUAUUGAACCAUUAAAAUCAAAUAUUGAUUUAAUAAUUGAAGAUCUAAAAUCUGAAAAAUAUUCAGAAUUCUAUAUCAAUUUCACCAGCAACUUACCACGAAACUUGUUGGAGUAUUUUGCUAAUUUGGUUUCUCUAACCAACAAAUCCUUUAAAAUUAAACAAGUUUUUGAUCAAUAUUUGAAUUAUUUAGUAACAGAGCCAAACUUGUUUUCUUUGAACUUGCCCAAUACUUACUCUCUUUUAAAUAACCCCAAAAUCAAUGAAGAUCAAAUUAAUUUAAUAACUGAACAAAUUUCAAAUGGCUUGUUUAAUACUAUCCUAACUUUAAAUUCGAUUCCAAUUAUAAGAGCCCCUAGAGGUGGUCCAGCUGAACUUAUUGCUCAAAGCUUAGAUUCAAAAUUGAAAGACCAUGUUAUUAAUGCAAAGCUAUCAAAUAAUUCUUCAAUAUCUUCAAACAGAUCGGUUUUGAUAUUACUAGACAGAAAUUUCGAUCUUGCUUCAAUGUUUGCUCAUUCUUGGAUUUAUCAAUGUAUGGUAUUUGAUAUCUUCAAGCUAGAAAGAAACACUAUAACUAUAACAAAAAGCGACGAAAAAAAUACAGAUAAAAUAAUUACAACCAAAUAUGAUAUUGAUUCUUCUGACUUCUUUUGGAAUUCAAAUUCUCAAAUUCCAUUUCCAGAUGCAGUGGAAAAUGUUGAAAAAGAAUUGAAUAACUAUAAAAUUGAAGCCAAGGAACUAACAAAUAAAACAGGUGGAAUAUCUUCUUUGAAUGAAAUUAGCAAUCAGAAUUCUGAUCAAUAUGAUACUCAACAAAUUCAAUUAGCAGUUAAAAAACUACCUUACUUGACAAAGAAAAAACAAAUUAUUGAUAUGCAUAUGAACAUUCUAGCUUCAUUGUUAAAGGAACUAGAAUCAAAACAUUUAGAUUUCUAUUUUGAAGUGGAGCAAAAUAUAAAUGAUCCCAAAAUUAGACAAGAUUUCCUAAAUAAAUUAUCAGAAAACCCUGACAACAAAGAAAUCUUAAAUGAUAAAUUAAGAACUUAUUUGUUUCUAUAUUUAUUAUGUGAUUUGCCUGCUGAUUUUACAAAAAAAGUAGAAAAGAUAUUAACAGAUUUAAAUUGUGAUUUAAGUCCCUUGAAUUAUAUCAAAAGAGCCAAAGAUGUUAUCAAAUUAGCCACUUUUCAACUGAAUGAUUCCUCAAAUUUCAAUAGUAAUAAAUCUGCAAAUAACUCUCAGCAAAAGACUUCUAACUUCUCUGGUUUAUCUUCAAGAUUAUUUGGUUUAGCUGAGGGAACAGGUGUGGGCUCAAUAAUUUCAAACUUACAAAAACUAUUGCCUGAAAAAAACCAAAUUCCAAUAACAAAUAUUGUAGAAUCAAUAAUGGAUCCCUCAAAAUCUACAUCGACAAUUUUAAACACCACAGAUGACUAUCUAUAUUUUGAUCCUCUAAUUAUUAGAGGAACGCAAUCAAAAACACCAAAAAGGAAUGUUUACAAUCUAGGAAUUACCUUUGUGGUUGGAGAUGGAAAUUACUUGGAAUACCAAAACUUGCAAGAAUGGUGUAAUAAUGCUUCUAACACCAAUUCAUCCAGUCUCAAUCCUACAAGUACCACCAAUAAAUUAGGAGGAAAAAAUGUCAUAUAUGGUAGUACCAAUAUUGUAACCCCCAAAGAGUUCUUGAAAGAGUGUUCUAGUUUAGUUGAAGCAGCUUCAUCCGCUUCUAAAUAA